UUCCGACAGUUGGUGGACUGUAGAAGAGGUUGGGGAGGAAAGUUCUGACCCAACACAACACGGAGUUUCACUUUCACUCCUUCUCCUACAACCUCGCCGGAGAACCCGACCUUCCCUUCAUCUGUAUUGGUCUCUUAUCUCAAUUUUCUUCACAUAAAAUCUAACUUCCAACUCUUAUUCUCAUCUGGGUCUUCUUCUUUUCCUUCUCUGGUCCAACAUUUCUUAUCCAAACCGCAAUUUUAAUGAUUCCAAUUGGUGCUUUUUUUUUUCCGGUUUUGCUUCUAGUCAUUAUAUCAAUAUAGAGACUUGUGUUGAACUCUGAUUCAAUUUAAACUUUCAUUUCUGGGUUUGUUUCCUUUUCUUCUCUGGUCCAAUAGUUCUGAUCAAAAUUGUAACUUUAAUGAUUCUUAUUGGUGCUUUCUGGGUUUUUGCUUCUAGCCGCUGUACAAACAUAUCUGUAUAAAAUUGAUGUCUGUGCUUGAUAAAGAGAUAUCAAGCAGUGGUAGAGAUUGUGGGGACGAUGAUGGUAAUGAGGACGAGGAUGAGAAUGGUGGUGGUCUCAAUGGCAGAUGUAGAUGCAGAGCCAAGGAUGCAAAGAAGCGGAGUAGUGGAAUUGGGUUUUCAAGGAAUUUGGGAAAGGCCAAACAGGUGGUCCUGUCUCCAUUCACAAAAGCCAAGAAGCAAUUACCCAGAAGAAACAGGACUGCUGCUGCUGCUGCUUCUUCUUCUUGUUCACCGUUUUCUUCAGGUAAGAGGCUUGGAGUUAGUGGAGGUAAUCAAGGCUGUUACUUAUGUUUCAUGCAACCAUCAACUGUGGAUUCAUCUGCUGAGUCUCCGUCCAGCGAUCCGAAUAGCCCGAAUUUUACUUAUGGGAAGUUGAGGAGUUUAAUUGAAAAGAAUGAUUUCUAUUCUAGAGAGUGCAAUUACCAUUUGGAUUUUGAUCCUAAAUCGCCAUGCUAGAGAUUGAAGGGUAUUGUUGUUGAUUUGCGCAGUGGAUAAUGCGGUUGUUGUUCUUGUUGUGUGGAAGUGAUCCUUAGAGGAUUUUCCCAAGAGCAAAUGGAAGAGGUUGUAGAACUUGCAUUUAUAAGAAAAAGAGUCAUUCUUUUGAAGUAGAAUAUGAAGAUUUUUGCGGCGUUUUGGUUGUCUUGUGUUUCAGUGUGAGAAUGAGAGUCUGAGACAAUGCUGGUGAUAGAUGUUCAGUCAUUUAGUGCAGGUCAGUUUCAAGAAUGUAUGCUAAACAAGCCUUGGACAAUGGAUGGGAAACCAAGAUCUCCAUUCUUCAUUUGGGAAUUCAGAUACCAUAUUUUUAUUGUCAUACCAUGCUUCAGAAAUCUGAGCCUGUCAUAUGACUCAAUGUCUAUGGAAAACCGCUUGCAUUGUGACAUUUUUCAGUAAAAAUAUGCAGUAUUACAUUGCUUAGUGGAGAAGUUGAAGUGUUUGUUUGAUGUCCUAUAGUUACCUCUGAUGAAUACUACAUUGAUCAACUGUAGGAGUGGAAGAGGUUGAAACCUUUGUAUUCUUUCAAUUUGUGAAUUCAUUCAUACCUUUUGGUUUAUGUGGUAUUGUUUUGUGAUGUUCUGUGGCUAAGUUCAAAACUUUCUCCAAAUGUGUUUGGGGGUGAACUAGGAUUUACAUAUGAAAAGACUACUUUGAUCACUUGUAGAAGUGCAAGACAGUUAAAAAAAUUUCAAUCUUUCGAA